ACAAGUGCAAAGAAAAAAGAAGGGCAAUUUCUUAGUCAUUGAGCUUACUGCACCUUUCGAUUCAUCAAUGGCGUUAGCAAUACUCGUUCUUCUCGUUACUCUAUUUUUCAUGGGUUUUUUCUCUAUUUAUAAACGUCACUUCGCCGGUUCCGAUGAUGAUCGACGCCGGAGAAAUCCAUCUCUGUCCUCGUCGUCUUCCUCCGCACACAGACAAUUAAUUGAAUCUAUGGCAUCUUCUUCUUCUGCGAGUAAGUCACAGAACUGUCCUCGAUGCAAGUACGAUGUCUUUCUAAGUUUCAGAGGCGAAGAUACUCGGAGAAAUUUUAUGAGUCACAUGUACCAAGGUUUAGAAAACAGGGGAAUAUUCACCUUUCUAGAUGAUGAAAGGCUAGAGGAUGGCGAUUUCAUCUCAGAAGAACUUGUGCAAGCGAUAGAAGAGUCUCAAGUUGCUGUAAUCGUUUUCUCAAAAAAAUAUGCUACAUCAAGUUGGUGCUUGAAUGAACUAGUGAAGAUUAUGGAAUGCAAGGAGAAAGAAAAUGGACACAUGACAGUUAUACCGGUCUUCUGUAAUGUGGAUGCAUCACAUGUUCGAUACCAAGAAAGUCAGAGCUUUAAAGAAGCAUUUGCCAAACAUGAAUCGAGGUAUAAGGAUGAUGUUGUUCAAGGAUGGAGAACUGCCCUAACUGCUGCCGCAGGUCUAAAAGGAUAUGUAUUUCCUAGCAGGAGUAAGUCAGAUGCAGACUGUAUUCAGGGCAUUGUUGAUGAAAUUUCGUCUAUGUGCAAUACUUCAGUAUCUUAUUUGCAAGACGUUGUGGGUUUAGAUACUCAAUUAAAGAAAGUAGAAUCCCUACUAAAGAUGGAAAUCAAUGAUAUUGUUCAGAUUGUGUGGAUCUGGGGUAUGGGAGGUGUCGGUAAAACGACAAUAGCAAAGACUAUUUUUUAUAAACUCUCUUCCAAAUUUAAAUAUGUUUGUUUCCUUGAGAAUAUCAAAGAAAACAAACAUGGAAUGCACUCUCUGCAAAAUAUCCUUCUCUCUAAACUGUUAGGGGAGAAAGAUAAUUGCGUGAAAGAUAAGGAGGUGGGGAGGAGCAUGCUGGCUGAGAGACUUCAGUCUAAGAAGAUUUUAGUUGUGCUUGAUGACAUAGAUCACAGAGACCAGUUGGAUUACCUAGCAAAGGAUCUCAGUUGGUUUGGCAAGGGUAGCAGGAUUAUUGCAACCACUAGAGACCAACAUUUGAUAGGGAAAAAUGACGUAGUAUAUGAAAUGAAAACACUACUUGACUGUGAUGCUAUUAAACUGUUCAAUCAAUAUGCUUUCAAAGAAGAAGUUCCAAAUGAGCUUUUUAAGAAUCUAACGUUGGAGAUAGUAAGUCUUGCUAAAGGCCAUCCUUUAGCCCUGAAAGUAUGGGGUUCUUCAUUACACCAGAUGGAUAUAACUGAGUGGGAAAGUGCCUUGGUCCGAAUGAAGAAAAACUCUGAUGUAGAAAUUACUAAGAACCUCAAAAUAAGUUAUGAUGGGUUGGAGCCCGAAGAACAAAAGAUAUUUCUAGAUAUAGCAUGUUUCUUCCGAGGAAUUGGAAAAGAAGAAGUCAUGCGAGUUCUUGAGAGCUGUUAUUUUGGACCAAAAUUUGGAUUGCGUGUUCUAGUUAAUAAAUCUCUUGUGUCCAUCUCUGAAUAUGGUACGAUUGAAAUGCAUGACUUAAUACAAGAUAUGGGUAAAUAUAUAGUGCAAAUACAAAAGCACCCGGGAGAACAUAGCAGAUUAUGGAAUGUUAAAGAUUUCAAAGAAGUGGUGGACAACAAUAUGGGGCCAAUGGCAGUGGAAGCAAUCUGGUUUACUUAUUCUGAAAAACUAUGCUUUAGCAAAGACGUAAUGAAAAAUAUGCAAAGUCUUAGGAUAUUAGGCAUAUCUAAAGAAUACGAAGAUGAUAAAGAAAACGAAGAUGAUUUCAUCAAUUCAUCUGACUCCAAUAGCCAUGAUGGCUCCAUUGAUGGCUCCACUGAUGUCUCCAUUGAGUACCUUUCCAACAACUUGUGUUGGUUUGUCUGGCAUGAAUAUCCUUGGAAGUCAUUACCAGAAAAUUUUAAUCCGAGAAGGCUUGUUCAUGUUGAUCUCCGAUGGAGUUCAUUGCAUUAUUUAUGGAAGGAAACAAAGCUGCAGCAAUUUCUGUCUCUACGAAGGAUUGAUCUAAGUUGGUCCAACAGCCUGAAGAGAACACCAGAUUUCAAGGGGAUGCCAAAUUUGGAGUAUAUGAAUCUAAGGGAAUGUAGGAGUCUUGAAGAAGUUCAUCCUUCCCUCAAGUAUUGCAAAAAACUCAUUGAGUUAAAUUUGUCUUUUUGUAGAAGACUUGAGAGGUUUCCAUAUGUUAAUGUGGAAUCUCUUGAAUCUUUGGAUCUAUAUUUCUGCAGUAGUUUAAAGAAAUUUCCAGAAAUCCUUGGAAGGAUGAAGCAGGGAACUGCCAAAAAGAUUAUGACGUCAGGCUCUGGGAUAAGGGAACUGCCAUUAUAUUUCUUUGAUCACCAACCUCAUCUUAUAGAGCUACAUUUGGAUGGCAUAACAAACCUUGCAUCUCUUCCAAGCAGCAUUUGUAAGUCGAAAGGUUUGGUGAAGCUACAUGUGUCGAAUUGGUCAAAACUUGAAAGCUUGCCAGAAGAGAUAGGUGAUUUAGAAAACUUGGAGGAGCUUGAUGCCAGCUCUACUCUAAUCUCACGUCCUCCGUCUUCCAUCGUCCGGUUGAACAAGCUUAAAAGUUUGAGCUUUGGACAACAUAGAUCAGAAGAUGGAGUGUAUUUUGUGUUCCCUCUGGUGAAUGAAGGGUUACUCUCAUUGGAAGAACUGGAUCUCAGUUACUGCAAUUUAAAAGAUGGAGGACUUCCGGAAGACAUUGGAUCCUUAUCCUCUUUGAAAGAGCUGAAUCUCGAAGGAAAUAAUUUUGAGCAUUUGCCUCAAAGCAUAGCCCAACUUGGCGCUCUUAGAUCCUUGACCUUAUCAUAUUGCAAGAGGCUUACACACCUGCCACAAUUUCCACAGCAAUUAGAUACAAUAACUGCGGAUUGGAGCAAUGAUUCAAUCUGUAAUUCGUUGUUCCAGAAUAUCUCAUCAUUGCAGCAUGACAUCUCUGCUUUAGAUUCCUUGUCACUAAGAGUGUUUACAAGUUGGGGGGAGGAUAUCCCACGUUGGUUCCACCAUCAGGGAAUGGAUACAAGUGUAUCAGUCAGUUUGCCUGAGAAUUGGUAUGUAUCAGACAACUUCUUGGGAUUUGCUGUAUGUUACUUUGGAAACUUAAGUAACACCAGAGUUGACUUGAUUCCCUUAUGUGAUGAUGGGAUGUCUUGGAUGACCCAGAAACUUGCCUUAUCCAACCAUUCAGAAGAAUUUCCAGAAACUGCUGUUCAUUUUUUCUUGGUACCUUUUGCUGGCUUAUGGGAUACACCUACGGCAAAUGGAAAAACACCAAAUGACUAUGGGCUUAUUAGGUUAUCUUUCUCUGGAGAAAUGAAGGAGUUUGGAUUUCGUUUGUUGUAUAAAGACGAACCAAAGCUUGAGGGCUUGUUACAAAUAAGGGAAAAAAAUGAAUCCAUGGCAUCAUCUUCUUCUACUGUUGGAUCGUCACAGUUGCUUCAAUGGAAGUACAAUGUCUUUCUAAGUUUUAGAGGUGAAGAUACCCACAGAACAUUUAGGAGUCACUUGUACCAAGGUUUGAGAAACAGGGGAAUAUUCACCUUUCAAGGUGAUAAAAGGCUAGAGCGUGGCGAUUCGAUCCAAGAAGAACUCUUGGAAGCUAUCAAAGAGUCUCAAGUUGCCCUCAUCGUUUUCUCAAAGAAUUAUGCUACAUCGAGGCAGUGCUUGAAUGAACUAGUGAAGAUCAUGGAAUGCAAGGAAGAAAAUGGACAGUCUGUCAUACCUGUGUUCUAUGAUGUGGAUCCAUCGCAUGUUCGGAACCAAAGGGAGAGCUUUGCAGAAGCCUUUGCCCAACACGAAUCAAAGUAUAAGGAUGAUGCUGAAGGAAUGCAGAAGGUGAAAGGAUGGAGGAAUGCCCUAACUGCUGCUGCAGAUCUAAAAGGAUACGAUAUUCGUGACGGGAUUGAAUCUCAGAAUAUUCAACAGAUUGUCGAAUUGUGCAAUAAUGCUUAUUCUUCAUCUUCUUUGCAAGAUGUUGUGGGAAUAAGUGCUCAUUUAGAGAAACUAAAAUCCCGACUUGAAAUAGAAAUCCACGAUGUUCGGAUCGUAGGGAUCUGGGGAACAGGCGGAAUCGGUAAAACGACAAUAGCAAAAGCCAUCUUUCAUACUCUAUCUUAUCAAUUUAAAGCUGCUUGUUUUCUUGAGAAUGUUAAAGAAAAUGCCAAAAAGAAUCAACUUCAUUCUUUACAAAAUACCCUUCUCUCGGAACUGUUAGGAAUAACAGAUGAUUACGUCAAUAAUAAGUACGAUGGGAAGUGCAUGAUUCAGAACAGACUCUCUUCUAUGAAGGUGCUAAUUGUGCUUGAUGACAUUGAUGAAAGAGAUCAUUUGGAGUAUUUAGCAGGUGAUGUUGGUUGGUUUGGUGAUGGUAGCAGAGUUGUUGUAACAACUAGAAAUAAAGAUUUGAUAGAGAAGGAUGCUGCUGCAAUAUAUGAAGUGCCUACACUACCUAAUCUUGAAGCUUUGCAACUGUUCAAUCAGUAUGCUUUCAGAAAAGAAGUUCCAGAUGAGCGUUUUGAGAACUUCUCGUUGGAGGUAGUACAUCAUGCUAAAGGCCUUCCUUUAGCCCUCAAGGUGUGGGGUUCUUUGUUGCAUAGGAAAGGCCUAACUCAAUGGAGAAGAACUAUAGACAAAAUAAAGGAAAACUAUAGUUCAGAAAUUGUUGAAAAACUCAAAAUUAGUUAUGAUGGGUUGGAGCCCAAAGAACAAAAGAUAUUUCUGGAUAUAGCUUGUUUUUUCCGAGGAGAUGAAAAACAGAAAGUCAUGCAAAUCCUUGAGAGCUGUGAUUUUGGAGCUGAAUAUGGAUUGGAUGUCCUAAUUGAAAAAUCUCUUGUCUUCUUAACUGAAGAUGAUACAAUUGAAAUGCAUGACUCAAUACAAGCUAUGGGUAAAUAUAUAGUGAAAAUUCAAAAGGAUGCGGGCGAAUGUAGCAGAAUAUGGGACCAUGAAGAUUUUGAAGAAGUGAUGGUCAACAAUACAGGGACCAAGGCAAUGGAAGCAAUUUGGUUUCGUUAUGAUGAGAAAAUAUGCUUUAGCAAAGAGGCCAUGGAAAAUAUGGAAACACUUAGGAUAUUAUACAUAUGGUCCCAAGAUUGCUCCCCUUGCCAUGAUGGCUCCAUUGAGUACCUGCCCAACAACUUGCGUUGGUUUGUCUGGAAUCACUUUCCUUGGGAGUCAUUGCCAGACAAUUUUGAACCCAAAAGGCUUGUUCAUCUUCAACUCCGCUUCAGUUCACUGCGUUAUUUAUGGAUGGGAAUAAAGCAUUUUCUGUAUCUACGGACGCUAGAUCUCAGCCGCUCUAGAGACCUGAUGCAAACACCAGAUUUCACGGAGAUGUCAAAUUUGGAGUAUUUGGAUUUGGGCAAUUGUAUUAAUCUUGAAGAGGUUCACCAUUCCCUGGGAUGUCCCACAAAACUCAAGAGGUUAAAUUUGAUAUAUUGUAGACGCCUUAAGAGGUUUCCAUGUGUUAACGUGGAAUCUCUUGAAUAUCUGGAUCUAAAGUUCUGCUCCCGUUUAGAGAAAUUUCCAGAAAUCUGCGGAAGAACGAGGCCAAACUUAAAGAUUAAGAUGUGUGACUCUGAGAUAAGGGAACUGCCAUCAUAUAUUGUUCAGUGCCUAACUCUGAGACAUUUGGAUAAUCUUGUAGCUCUUCCGAGCAGCAUUGGCAUGUUGAAAGGUUUGGUUAUUCUUGAUGUGUCGAAUUGCUAUAAACUUGAAAGCUUGCCGGAUGAUCUAGGAGAUUUAGUAAACUUGGAGAAGGUUGAUGCAUCAGGGACUCUAAUUUCACGACCUCCGUCUUCCAUCUUCCGCUUGAACAAGCUUACAUUCAUGAGUUUUGCGAAACAAAGAUAUAACAUAAGUCUCGUAGAUGGAGUGUACUUUGUGUUCCCUCAAGUGAAUAAAGGGUUACGUUCAUUGGAACAUCUGGAUCUCAGUUACUGCAAUCUAAUAGAUGGAGGACUUCCAGAAGACAUUGGAUGCCUACACUCGUUGAAAGAGUUGUAUCUCUGUGGAAAUAAUUUUGAGCAUUUGCCUCAAAGCGUAGCACAACUUGAUACUCUUCGAUUCUUGGACUUGUCAGAUUGCAAGAGGCUCAAAGAAUUGCCAGGUUUCACGGGGAUCCCAAACUUGGAGACUUUGGAUCUGUCAAAUUGUAUGAAUCUUGAAGAGGUUCAUCAUUCCCUGGGAUGUCUCAAAAAGCUCUGCACAUUAAAAUUGACUAAUUGUAAACGGCUCAAGAGGUUUCCAGUUCUGUGCAUCGAUUCCCUUGAAUAUCUGAAUCUAGAUGGGUGCUCUAGUUUAGAAAAUUUUCCAGAAAUUCUCGGAAGCAUGAAAGUGAAGUCGGAUAUUCACAUGUUAGACAGUGUGAUGAGGGAUCUAAAUUCCAUGUAUAUUUCACUUCCGUGUUCCUUGUCUCAGGAUAUUGUUUCCUUGCCGAAUGCCAUCUCUGCUUCAGAUCCCUUGUCACAAAGAGUGUUUACCAUUGUGCAUGGUGGGAAUAAGAUCCCAAGUUGGUUCCACCAUCAGGGAAUGGAUGAAAGUGUAUUGAUCAAUUUGCCUGAAAAUUGGUAUGUAAGUGAUAACUUCUUGGGAUUUGCUGUAUGUUACUCUGGCAACCUAAUUGACAUCACAGUUGACUUGAUUCCCUUGUGUGAUGAUGGGAUGACCCAGAAACUAGAAUUAUCCACCCUUCCAAAUUAUGAUUCAGAAUCAUCCAACGGUUUAGAAUGUGGUACUGAAGCUACUAUUCAUUUUUUCUUGGUACCUCUUGCUGGCUUAUGGGAAACAUCUAAGGCAAAUGGAAAAACACCAAAUGACUAUGGACUUAUUACGUUAUCGUUCUCCGGAGAAAUGAAGGAGUUUGGAUUUCGUUUGUUGUAUAAAGAUGAACCAACAGAACAUUGCAUUGGGACAAAGAGGAACAGAUAUGACAGUAGUGAACACCAUGAUGAAGCCAGCUGCUCCUCUUCUAAGAAACAAAGGUCACAUUUCUAAUAUUCAUUGGAGCUGUCUUUGAGAAUCUGCAGCAACAACCAGUCUCUCCAGAAACUUUGCAGCUCUUUCCCCGAAGUCCAGAAUUUUGGCUAAAAUAUAGGAACUCAUCCAUGGUGAUGUACAUAUUAACAGUGAUUUUUGUCGAUUGAUUCCCCAUCUUGUGUUAAGCCAUGAUUAACCAUGGUGAGUUAAAGGAUGUAAGCAAGUUUGUUUUUUCGAUAC